UAUGGGACAAACAGCUUGGAACCACUCAGAAGGCGUGAAGAGGGCGACCUGGAAUACGGCCAAGAAUCCCAACAUGAAAGAUGGCGCUUGGACUACUUGGGCUAACGAGGGCUCGUGGGAUGUCCAGUCUGCAGCACCGGAUUCGAUGGAAGACUGGAGCGAAGGCAAUAGCGGGAACGACCUCAACAACUGGGGUCAAACGGGCUCCGCCUGGGGUCGUUCGGCGUCCGUUCCGUCUGCACAUACACAUACAACAUCGUAUCAACGACAAAGCGGGUGGCAGAACUGGAGUGCAGAGGCACAGAGGUUACCUAAGGUGACAUUUGAUCCAGCUAUUCCCCUCUCCCCUAGCACUGCUGGCAAGAAGCCGGUUCUCUCCCAACACCAGCGGUCCCAGAUUUUAAAUGCAAUUCACCAACCAUACACUAUUCCCCAAGAUCGGGGUGGAACAUACCCUCAGGCUGCCAAUGUAGGCUGGCAGCAGGCGCCACAGGCGUGGCCACCGCCAAACACGCAGAAAACUGCUCACCAACAACCUCCCAACCACGACGUGCAACACGAAUACCACGACGGAAACGGAAACGGGAACGGGAAAAAGAACAAGAAAAACAGAAAGCAGAAGAAACAGCAGCACCAAGAAAGUAACGACGUUUGGGGUCUCGGCGGCGGUUGGAACGACCAAGAUGAAACUGAGGAUGACUCCGUAGGUGAUGACUGGGGUCGGAAGGUACACUUCCCUCCAUCUAACAACGGUGUCCAUCCCGCCCCCCCCGCACCUCCCGCACCUGCACCUCGUGCGCCCGUUGAUCCUUUUAGCAUCUACGCUUCUCCGACAAACUCGCUGGGUAUUACUUUGUAUCCUAACGACACGCCAAUGUCCAAAACACUUGCCUAUGCUUACCACGGUACCGGAGCAUCACCGGGCGGCGACACCGGUCGCAUCGCAAUGCGCCAACUUGCAGAUGUGCACUUUAUCGAAUCGCACGGGAAGGCUAUCCAAGGCGUGUGGAAUGCUUUUUACAACCGACGGCGCAAGGCAGAUGACCGCUUUCACUGGUUGUUCCCUCCUGGGAAGGAUGAACGCGUCGCUGGGCUCAUGGCUUGGAUCGACAUGUCUGUUUUUCCCCCCCUUUUCCUGUCAAUCGGAUGUCCUUAUCCAUUGCUUAGCUUCAGAAGUUCCUACAAACACGACAACGCGGGGCGCUUGUCGCCAUCUGGAGGCGGAAGCUUGCUAUACCCGAUAACGUUCGACUUGCAUACCAAGCCCAGAUUACGCAGAUCAUAUCUGCUUUGCCUGCAGUAUACCGUGUCUUAGUUGACGAGUACGUAGAUAAACCGGUGUGUGCCAGUUUUACGUGCGCUAAUGUUACCGCAGGUUACCCAAGAAACCCGACGCUGCGCCGCCCCCACCGCCCAAGGAAAAGAAAAAACGGAAGUGGUACAAGCUAUGGUUAUUCUCAUGACUUC